AUGCUUAUUCAACGAGACUACGACGGACCGUUAUUUUUAUUCGUCGUGAGACCAGCGGCAUCGACUUACCUUCUCAAAUAUUUGCUUUCAGAUUCCCCGGUCGGCGAUCAUCGCCAGGCUCGCAUGUUCCUUCAAACCGAGCUACCGUCCUCGAAGGCGAAGAGGGAGCAAGCUCUUCGCAGCAUCCUCGCCGCGAGAAGACGACAGAUCUUGAGCCAGCGGCCAAUCGAAACACGGAAUCUGAGCCGUGCACCAAGACCGGCUGAUGUCGGUCUGAAGGAUUCGUCGGACGUGUUGGAGGCGCAGGAAACCAAGCACGGUAUGUACGUGACAUCGUCGACCGAUGAGAAAACGGAGCUCCCUAUCGUGGUGGAACCGUCGGAAUCGUCUAGCAAGAUCAUCGCUACCGAUCCAUCCGACGACGACGUGGACAUCGAAUUCGUCUCGAAGGAGCCAGAAAGCGGGCAGGUGGUGGCCGAGCAACAAAUCCCAAGAAAACCGAGCAACGAGAGCAUAGUCGUCCCGUCAAGCAUCGAGGAUAAACCGGCCUCCUUCGGUAACUCGAGAAGCAAUUACUCGAUCGGCCAUAGAAAUUCCUCCUCGCCUCCGUCCACCUCCCCGACGACUUCAUCUCUGCCCGCGAGCGGUUUGAAAGCUCCGGAUACGGAGACCCGUAAAAAGAACAUCGUCUCGAUGCCCGAGUCCCUGUACAAUUACUUCAGGCCGGUCGAGAGUAACAUACCAGUGGAGGAUAUGUCGCAGUUCCUUUACUUUGGCCAGAAGAUCCAGCCAGAGACACAAAACAGCACUGGGAACAACUCGGUGGAAGCAACUCCGACCGUGCCGAUCGCGUCCAGCUCUAGAAGACGAUAUUCGAUGAAACGUACCACAACACCGGUGCCAGUGCCUCAACUGGAAGAGAUCAUAAACGAGGAGAUGAAUAUCGCGGUGGAGAAGCAGAUCGUCGAGAAGAACAAGGUAUCGAAGAUCAAGAACGCGUUCAGAAGCCCAGAGAACGGGGUUUACUACAGGAAGCCCAGACCGACGGAUCCCACGAUCAUCGUCUCGAACGUUAUUGCGACGAAGGAGGCCGUCAGAAAUACCACGGAUACGUACGUGAAAACAGACGACGAUCAGUUUCGCGACGACAACCAGUCCGCUCACGCUGCCACCCAGGACCAGCUGCGGCACGAGAGAGGAAGUGUAGCUACCCACGUGCCCGCUGAAACGAGGAAUGCGACCAACUCGACCCAGAUACCGUCGCGGCAGCCUGUUUCCGCGAACCCGUACAACCCGCCCGCGGAAAGUGAAAUCAGUUUUAGGGAUCGUCCUACGGAUAUCUCGGACGAUUUGAACGGAGUGGAACAGGGGAAAGCGACGAGUACCGCUCGACGACGGAAGACCGAGAAUUCGUCCGUGAAUCUGGAGAACACAAAAGGUACACGCAAAGAGGCACGUCAGAUCGAUCCCACGGGGUUCGACGACACAUCGUCGACAUUGUCGGACACAGAGAUGUACGGGGAGCACACGGAACACAGGAUAAGAAGGAUCGACGUCUACGAUACGAAUAACUUCGAUUUUUCCCGAAAGACCGAUUCAACCAUGUCCGAGCAACCACGCGCACGCGAGAGCAACAACAUCGAAACCUCGACGUCGCGGGACAAGAUCGAUCGUUCGACAACGGAACCGUUUCGUAUCGUUUGGACGUCGCCGGAAACAUCGACCCUGAGGAUAAUCGUAACCGAGGGAAGCCUGGAGGAGGAGAGUUUUGCGAUCGGCACCGACGCGGCGGAGAGGUAUACCGUUAAACCGGUCGAUUCCACCGAGGAACGGGUACGAAGCGUCGCUUCCGGCGAUGUUCCCACCGCGAGUGGUUCGCCGGCUCCAACCGUCGUGUCGACCACGAACGACGACGCGAGCACGGCCACGAUCGAGGUGGUGGCCACGAGGUCCAAGCCUCGGCAUCGGGAACAGAAGCAUCGAACGGAGAAGGACAAGGGUGACGGGGAGGGGAAUCGGGAUCGGGAGCAGCAUCGACAUCAAGAACAACAGCAGCAGCACGUGUACGCUUACACGAUAACGAACGUGACGCGGCUAUUGCGCAACUACACCGGACCUGGGCUAAGCAACGAGGAGGGACAAGGAGGCCCAGAGCGGGGCACCGGUACGACCGAGAUAACGACCGGAUCGGCGGUGCGGCGUCAGCCGCCGUCGCCGCCACAGCAGCAGUCUCUUCUUCUGCUUCCUCGUGCCGGUAGUGGUAUAGAGGCGGCCCGAGCGCCGGCGGAACUCAGUGCCGGCACGACCGUCGAAGCAGUCGCAGCUGGUGUACCGUCCGCUGUUGGUAUUCUGGUGGGGGAAACGCAGAAGAAAGUCGUUACAGUCGCGGCUCAGCCGGAGGAACGGACGGUCAACAGUACCGCCGCGCUGCAACAGCAGCUGAUCGUAAACAAGAGCAAAGCAACAGAGGUGACGAGCAGUAGCAGAGGUGCGGUCCGAUGGAAUCACACUAAAGCACGGAACACGGACUUGGAGGGUAUCGGUGACAGAAGGUUCCUCAGGAAGUCCGCGAGUGCGGUGCUUAAUCAACGUAUCGGCGGCGUGAACGGUGAGGAGGACGCGCUGGUGGGUCCUACGAUCGCGAAGAGACGAAGGCUGACAAAUGGCCAACCAGUUGGGCCCGGUAGGAGAGUGAAAGGGGGCAAGAUUCUGGAGGAGGGUCAUUUUAACGAUCGCCCGGUGAAUGGACCAUCGGUCGUCGCCGCGAAGACGAAUAGUUCAGGGAUCGAGAGAAGCGUAGAGGAUGCGGUGGAAGGACGUGGGUUUCGUGAGGUCGUAUUGAAUCGGACAAUCGUGGGUAUCCACUCGGAAAAUAUGACGGGUGAGAGUGACGCGAUGACGGAACAGAGACAAUUGCCGAGCACCACCGAGGUGGCCGAUGUGACUACACCCCGUGUGAUCAACGCCACCGAGGAGGAAUGGAGCAAUUCAACGGAACCGACGAUUACUUCGACCGGUGGAUACGUACAGAUCGAUACCAAAGACAAAUCGUACGGGUCGCGCGGUGAAAAUGAAAGUGUGCCCACGGCCGGUAGCUACGCGUUCUCCGUUGGGGACAGCGCGAAGAAUGCGGAGAACAGUACCGUGGCCGGAAGCAGUUCGUCGACCGUGACAGUGACCGCGACAGUAGCCGACGAAACGCUCGAGCCCAAAGAAACGACACCGACCACCACCACCACCGCUAACACGCCAAUGCCGGCGCCAGUUUUUCCAGUUACACCCAGAAUAAUCACGGAAACGGCUCGUGCGCAACUCGAGAAGGAGACUUUCACCGUGAGCCCGACGGAGUCCGUGAGCCAGACGACGGACGUCAAAACGACCGAACCGGAUAAACCUUUCGGUAUGUCGAAUCUGGAUCCGUCCGAGAUCCAAAAGAUGUACCGAUCGAAGAACGUCACCGCGACGUCGAUCACCACAGAAACACCCACCACACCGACGACCGCGGUCCAAAUCGAAAUAUCAACGAUACCGCAGGACCAAAGUACAAUGUCCGCUUCGAUGACCGCUAAGUCACCAGCUACCACCACGGUAGACCCCCGGAAACGCGUAUCCGGGGAAAGAUCGCCGGAAGUUAGGGCGCGUAACCUGUCCGACAAAUCGAAGGACAAAGACGACGUUCUGCCUAUAAUGCAGCUGUACAACACCUCGGACAUAUUCAACGGCAGUACCGGCCAGGUGAACUCGUUCUCCCGCGGCACGGAACGACGAGUCGAGCUUCCGGUGGACUCGAAACCAGAGAUUUCCAGAACGACCGAGAAAGUUAACGACACGGUUACGACGAAAAGUUCCGCGAACGACGUCACCACACGCCCGUCAGAGUCUACCAGAAAGGAUAAGCACGAUGAGAAUCGUGAAACGUCCACCCAUGUUCCGCCGACGGGUCCAGGCAGAGGGUCCACGAACGGGAGCAACAGGACCAGACACAGGCCGGUGUAUCAUCCGGCGAUACUACCGGAAUACAACGUUUCCGUGUACCCGAACGAACUGAACCGGACGUUCUUCGAGACCGGUCUGAUAUCGGUCAGUCCCAGGGAGUCGGUGAAUGUCAGUGAAGUGAUAUCGAAGCGACACGACGGCGAUGCCAUCGCCUCCCAGGAGACGGUCGCCGUGGUCAGCUACAUCUUGGCGACCCUCGUCGUGUUCCCAAUCGCCGUCGGCGUUGGUCUAAUUCUCAGAAGACUGAUACUUAGGAAUCGUAAGGUGCUCGAGGAAUCGGACACAUCGUCGGAGAUCAGCUGCCGGAAGGACGCGCUGAACCUUGAAAACGGUGACUUUAAAACGUCCAUCGAGAAGGCGAUCACGAAACUGCCGAGGAUACAACACUUGUGUCACGAAGCGGAGAAACCUCCGCCCCCGUCGUCGCAGGAAUCCAGAUGGGAGUUUCCUAGAGAUAAGCUUAGGUUACAGACGGUUCUUGGCCAAGGAAACUUCGGUCAGGUCUGGAAGGCUGAAGCUGACGACUUAACCGGUCAUCAAGGAACGACUCGUUUAGUCGCCGUCAAAACAGUCAAAGAGGGUGCUUCCGAUCGGGAGAAGGAAGAUCUCGUUCGAGAGCUCGAGAUCAUGCAGCAACUUGGUAGCCAUCCGAACGUUGUGACGCUUCUCGGCUGUUGUACCGAGCAAGAGCCUCAUUACCUUAUACUCGAGUACGUGAUGUACGGGAAAUUGUUGACCUAUCUGCGUGAUCAUCGUACCAGGCAGGAUUUCUACAAUUUCAGCGAGGACUCGGCAGCCCUUACGUCCAGGGAUCUCACUGUUUUUGGAUACUGCGUGGCGAGGGGCAUGGAGUAUCUGGCAUCGAAGAAGAUCAUCCAUCGGGACCUGGCUGCGAGGAACGUGUUGGUGGACCACAACAAGCUCUGCAAGAUCGCGGACUUUGGCAUGUCCAGAUUCGCGAACGAGGACGGCGAGGUGAUCGAGACCAGACACGGGAGGAACGCCCUGCCGAUCAGGUGGAUGGCACCCGAGUCCUUAAUUUACUCCCUCUUCACCACCAAGACUGACGUGUGGAGCUUCGGGAUCUUGAUGUGGGAGAUCGUCACUCUAGGUUCGACACCGUACCCGGACAUGACGGCGCGCGAAGUGAUGCGGAACGUGCAGAACGGUUAUCGGCUGGAGAGGCCCUCGCACUGCCGAACCGAGCUGUUCAGGGUGAUAUCCCGAUGCUGGCAGGCCGAUCCGGACCGCAGGCCGGAAUUUCAGACCCUCAGGAGGGAUCUGGCGCAGUUGCUCGAGGACAACAUGAACGGUCAUUACGUCGAUCUCGAGAGUUUCGCGUCCGAGUGUACCGACUGA